GGAAUCUGUCAUACAACAACUUUAUUUUUACGAACAUUCAGUGGAGGUUUUGAGUGGAUAUUUUCUACGAAAUUAAAAUCUUGAUUCUGUGUUGAAAGUGCAAAUUCGAAUGCAAUAAUGAUUCCUCCAAACGCCUCGCUUGUAAGAUACGACACUCCUGUCCUGGUUAGUCGAAAUACAGACAAGAAAACACCGAGGGCAAGAGCUUUGAGGACCAGCCCUCAGCCACCAACCAAUGCCGGCCCUGUACCCAACCCACCGCCCAAAGGGGGCAGCAAACUACCUCCUGUGGAAGCGCAGAAAGCCCAACAGACUGACGAGAUCUUAAACUCCAUCUUGCCUCCAAGAGAGUGGACAGACAAUGGCCAGCUCUGGGUCCAGCAGGUGUCUAGUACCCCAGCUACCAGACUGGAUGUAGUGAACCUACAGGAGCAGCUGGAUACCAGACUACAGCAGAGGCAGGCCAGAGAGACCGGCAUCUGCCCUGUACGCCGGGAGCUGUACUCACAAUGCUUUGAUGAGUUAAUCCGUCAGGUGACCAUCGAGUGUGCCGAGCGAGGCCUUCUCCUGCUGCGUGUUCGUGACGAGAUUCGCAUGACCAUCGCUGCCUACCAGACCUUGUAUGAGAGCAGCGUGGCGUUCGGUAUGCGCAAGGCACUGCAGGCCGAACAGGGCAAGUCGGACAUGGAGAAAAAGAUUGUGGAGUUGGAGCAAGACAAGCGAGAGCUUGAGCGACAGGUCAACGAACUGAAGGCCAAGUGCGACGCCAUCGAGAAACGGGAGGCAGAACGUCGCCAAGUGGAGGAGAAGAAACACACUGAAGAGAUCCAGUUCCUGAAACGCACCAAUCAGCAGCUGAAGACGCAACUGGAGGGCAUCAUUGCUCCUAAGAAGUAGUCAGAUGCGGUUACCAUGACGACGUCAGCAACCUUGAGUUACCACAGACACCGUCCAAGUUUUCUCAGUGCCUACCUCUUUCGCUUUUGAUGAGAACCGAAGUCUGCCAUUCCUCCGUAUUCCAGCCAAACUGAGGUGUUAAUUAAAGCAAUUAAAUCAGAUCCGUCCAGAUUUGAAUAUUUUGCAUCAAU